ACGAGUCUACUUUCAAUUUAUCUUUUUUACUUGAAUAAUCGUUACCAUGGGACUUUUCGAUCACUUUGGCAAGCAGCACGAGGAAGUUCACGCUUCAGAAAGCAGCGAACACAAGGGUUCCUUCACUCACGAACUCAUUGCUGGCGCUGCUGCCUUUGAAGCUGUCAAGGCUUACCAGGCACACUGUGAAAAGGAGGGCAAACCCGUCGAACACGCUCGCGCUAAGCAACUCAUGGCUGGUUUCGCCGCUGGUGCUUUGGACAAGCUCAUCGAAACCAAAGGUUUGGACUUCAUUGAUAAGCAGAAGGCUAAGCGCCAUGCUGAAGAGCAACUCAGCACUUAUUAUGAAAGCGAACUCCAAAAUUAAGAACGUCUGUUCCUCCGUAUUCCUCCCAUCCUCUUUCAAAGUCCUGUUCAAGGACGCUUCUCUCAAAUUUAGUGUACAAAAAAUCUAGCACUUUUGCAAUAUACCUAGGCAGUGCCCCAAUAAAAAUGGUCGAUUUUUGUUUAUAACAGUUA